GCGAGCACAGUUGAAUUUGAUUAAGACUGGCGGCAGAUUGUAGUCCUAAGUGAUCAAGAGUUUCUAUUAGCGUUUUCGCGUCAAUUGCGAGGCAAAAAGAAGGGGCCAAUCCACGCGGGCAUCGAAUGGCAUCAGCGUCGCCCCUGGUUCAGUCCACCUGGGCUCGUUUAACACCAGCUCCCGCUCCUGCCUGGCGAGAUGGGCUUCAGUCCGGCAGAGUGUCAAGCAGCCCGGAGCCGGAGGCUGUGGCUGUUUCCAGGGGCGCAAGGAUUGGCGUCACAUGCGUCAACUCGACACCCUCAACGUCUGGAAGCUCCCUUGACUCGAAGCGGCCUCAUCGGGUCAGGCGCUUCUUGGAGCCUGCUUUGCAGCCAAAGCAGGGAGGCGAUCGUCAUUUAGAAAGCAGCCCCCGGGUUGUGCGAACGCGCGUUUCUGUCAGGGAGGCUGCGAUUGAACCCCCGUCUUUGGAGGCCGCCGCGGCAGCUCUAGAAGUUGCCUAUCGGGAACCCUCUUUUGGGCUCGACGAUGUGUUGGCGCUGAGCGACGAGUUGGAAGUUGUGGGUCCUCCUCCGGAUUGGAGUUUAAGCCUUGAAAACAAUGCCCAAAGCCCUGUGAUCCUGGCCAGGGGUCGCGGCGGCGUUGCUCUAGAUAGCGUGCGGCAGGGGUUGGACGAUGUGUUUGAGAUGAGCGGGGAUCUGGACAUUCUUGGACCGUCGCCGGACGACACGUCAAGCUUUGCGGUGAUCGAUCAGGGGGCGGGUGCGGGUCGGGGCCUCCAGUGGCCGCAGAUUGCGGAGACUGUUGUUUCAGCUGUUGGAGACUUUGCGGAAGAUGUGUUUGAUAGCGAUCUUGCAUUAGAAAGGGCUCUGGAUCUGGAGUCGCGUGUUGUAGAGACGGAGACGGGAGCGAGGGAAGCAUCGGGUGCCAGCUCUAGUUUAGAAUCUAUGGAAGUUAAUGGAAGUAGGAUAAAUACAGGGGUGGAAUUGUCGCGGAAAGAAGAGAGUGCUUUGGGGGGCAGUGAAAACGCGGGUGGGCUAUCCGGUGAGGGUUUGUGCACCCUAACCAGCAACAGUCUGCGAAACUUAGCUACGGCGCCGGUGCUUCGAAAGCUAGCUUCCAAGGCGGUGAGCCUCGUUGCUCCAAAGACGAUCAAAGCUAGAGUCAAGCGGGGGGACAAGAAAGUUGUUCGCCGACGGUUGGGGGGCGCUGAAAGCUCUGUAAAUCCACCCCCCAUUAGAAUCCCUAGGGCCGCAGCGGUGUCUGCCGAUGGGCUGAUUGACGCAUCAGCAUUGAAGGCGAUCUACGAGGAGGGUGUCACGAACAUUGGGAGUCGAGCUGGGGGGGCGAGUCGGCGGGGGGCCGAUGGCAUGUCGUUUGUCAACGAGUGGAACCUGUUGACGGCGGAGGAGGAGAAGAAGCUGGCGCUUGUCAUCCAGAGGAGCAAGGCCUUGACGACCCUGAAAGAAGGUUUAGAAGCGAGCACGGGCGUCCCUGCAUCAGAGGAGCAGUGGGCCAAGGCAGCGGGCGUGUCAGUGAAUGCACUGGGGCGGCAGAUUGCGGCAGGAAAGGAGGCCAGGCAACGGCUAGUGGAGUGCAACCUGCGCCUAGUCAUGUUCGCCGCAAACAGCAUGAAGCACUACCCCAACGCGCUCCCGACCGAGGACCUCUUUCUCGCUGGCAUCCAAGGGUUGCUCAUCGCCGCAGACCGGUUCGAUCCUGCGCUCGGAAACCGCUUCUCGACGUAUGCUCUUCCGGCCGUCCGCUCGUACCUGCACCGUGCGAUCCAGCGCUCUGGCGUCCUCAUUUGCGCCCCCGUCAAGCGCACCACGGGUUUGGUUAACCUUGACAAGGUGCGCCGGGAGCUCUCCGCCAAGCUCGGCCGUCUCCCCACACUAGACGAAAUUGCCAAGUACAAAAACGUGGGCGUCGAUCUGAUAAAGGACGUCCUGAAGUGGCACCGUGGAAUGGACGUCACCUUCAACGACUUUUCGGACGGCUGGGAAGAGUUCGCGAACGGCGCGCUGUCCGGCGCGCUGUCCGAAACGCCGGACGGGUUCCUCGCGAUGGACGAGGAGUACUUGAAAUCGGACCUGGAGCAGUGCAUAUCGACCCUGCCCACUAAGGAGGGCGAGGUUUUGCGGCGGCGGUACGGCCUAGCGGGUCACCAGCCGGCGACGCUUCGCCAGAUCGGAGAUGCGCUCGGGCUGUCAUACGAGAUGGUCCGGCGGUACGAGGCACGUGCCCUGGUGCUCAUGCGCAAGGCGCAGCGCAUGGAGCGCCUCUCACAGUACCGCCCAAUGCUCGGCACCGCCGCAGGGGUUUAGCGUAACCCAAGCCGCUAACCGGGGUGUCUGCCGGGCUUAGGUUGUGAUCCGAGCCGUUUUGACGGAUUGGAUUGAUUGAUUUGUGGGGGUGUCCACAAAGCACGGCGCUUGGGGCGCUUUAGUGGUUGGUGUUCAAUUUGAGAGGAAUAACCCGUACCGGGUUAAGCCGCUUGGUUAGCUACCCAUCUCCACGACCGUUAGGUAGUGGGUUUCUUGAAUACGGAAGAGACUACUGGUUAACGUGGGGGUAGCGUUUGGAUUCUUAGCUUGUACACUUGUAGUUUUUGAACGGUCAUAGGGAUCCACGCUAAUAGCAAUCCACGUUGCAAAACCGUAUACGUUGCAAAGCGUUGGGCCGUCAGCCUCUAGGGCGGGCUUAUUUGGCCGCAGAAACUUGACUCGACCUGCUAUAAGGUUCAUGAACAGAUACGAAGGUAACAUGCUUGAUCUUCGAUUGAAUGCUGAC